ACCAAAACACAGACACGUCCUCUCUCUCUCUCUCUCUCUCUCUCUCUAUAUAUAUAUAUGUGUGUGUGUGUGUGUGUGUUAAUACAUCUUCAAUGCUUUGAGCUUCAUUCUACUUUGAUCCUUUGAUCACCACAGUGAAGAAAAAAUGCGAUUUCUGAGAAAUCGGAGUGUUGGAGAUGGCUUAUCGGAAGCGAAUCGCAGUUGGCUUCGCCGGCAGCUCCUCAAGAUAGGGCGGAGAAGCGUCGUUACCAGCUGCAGAGCCGUCGUUUUGCCCCGCUUCGGCGGGCCCGAGGUUCUGGAGCUCCGUCCCGAUGUCGAUGUUCCCGAUCUCAAGCAAAAUGAAAUUCUCGUCCGCGCUCAUGCUGUCUCCAUUAAUCCACUCGAUACCAGAAUGCGAUCAGGCUACGGUCGUUCAAUAUUUGAACCUCUUCUACCUCUCAUAUUGGGCCGUGAUGUUAGUGGUGAAGUUGCAGCAGUAGGAGCCUCAGUCCGGACACUGAACGUGGGGCAAGAAGUGUUUGGUGCGUUGCAUCCAACUGCUGUGAGGGGUACUUAUGCUGACUAUGCAAUUCUUUCAGAAGAAGAACUUACUCCUAAACCAGUAUCUGUUACACAUGUGGAAGCGAGUGCCAUUCCUUUUGCUGCGUUGACUGCAUGGCGUGCUCUAAAAAGCACUGCUCGGAUAACUGAGGGAGAAAGGGUAUUAGUCGUGGGUGGUGGAGGAGCAGUAGGUUUUUCUGCAAUUCAGCUUUCAGUAGCUGCAGGGUGCAGUGUUACAACUACCUGUGGAAGUCAAAGUGUAGACCGAGCAUUGGCAGCUGGUGCUGAGCAGGCUGUCGACUAUACAACUGAGGAUGUUGAAUCGGCAAUAAAAGGAAAAUUUGAUGCUGUCUUAGACACCAUUGGCAUCCCAGAGAAUGAAAGAAUAUGGAUAAAUUUUUUGAAGAGAGGUGGGCACUACAUGACACUUCAGGGUGAGGCAGCAUCACUGACAGAUAGUUAUGGACUUGCUUUUGGGCUUCCACUAGCUACAGCUAUUCUGCUGAAGAAACAGAUUCAAUACCGGUACUCUCAUGGAAUAGAAUACUCGUGGACUUACAUGAGAGCCGACUCAGAAGGGUUGGAUGCGAUCCGAAGGCUUUCUGAAGCUGGAAAGCUCAAAAUACCAGUUGAGAAAACAUUUCCCAUCACGCAAGUGAGAGAAGCUCACAAGGCAAAAGACAAAAAGCAUAUUCCAGGUAAAGUUGUGCUGGAACUUGACUGAAGAAGAUUUCACUAGGUCGCACUUAAAUACGGUAUGGAAACACUCGUAUUAUUGACAUCUAUCUUCGUUCUAUUUGGGGAGAGGAUUGUGCAAUAAAGGCUUUCUCUGUACAUUGGUCACUAGCAUUUUGUACAAGUGGUACAAGUUAAGGGUAAGAAUCUGCAGUUUCCGUUUGGCAAUCUGUAAAUCUUUUGAGAAUUCCUAUUACACAAACUUUUAUAGUUGCACAUUUUGUAAACGAAGAGGAAUAGACCAGAUAGUUGAAUCUUUGGAUGUACUUGUAUGGAAUAGUUAAAGGCCUCAACGGUGCUCGCACUGGCCAGGCUCAAACCCGGUGGGAAGGUCCGCCGGCCGGCUGGCUUUGAAAAAUGGUUGGUUUUUUUGGGAUC